CCCUGUCCUCUCCCUCGUACGUCUGCUGGCCCGUGCCAUCUUUUCUCCCCGUCUGUUUCUUCUUGUUGUUGCCUAUAGGUGUGUGUCAUCUCGUGCCUGAGCUUGUGGCUGUCUUCGUUGGAAAUGGCAUUACUGGAUGCCGUGGUGUAUCCCCAACCCCAAGGCCAAUUCGGCUACGGGCACAGGGACGCGUCCUACGGGCUCCCUUGGUCGACGUCAGACGCGACCGGCUUCGGCGAAUGGGACCCCUUCCUGCUCGCCACCCUCGUGCAGAAUGCCGAGGAGUGGGGUGAGGAGGUGGGCUCCAAGGCCUCGCCGGAGCACGACGCGGCGCCGUCGUCGGCCGCUGGGCCGUCGCCGGCCACGACUCCGAAGAGGAAGAGGAGGCGGGCCAAGGUCAUCAAGAACGAGGAGGAGAUCGAGAGCCAGCGGAUGACCCACAUUGCCGUCGAGCGGAACCGCCGCCGGCAGAUGAACGAGUACCUCGCCGUGCUGCGCUCCCUCAUGCCACCUUCCUAUGCGCAAAGGGGCGAUCAAGCAUCUAUUGUUGGGGGAGCAAUCAACUACGUGAGGGAGCUUGAGCAACUGCUUCAAUCCCUCGAGGUGCAAAGGAGCCUAAAAGAGCACAACAGCAACUCAUCCAAUCCCUUCGCUAGUUUCUUUAGCUUUCCACAGUACUUCGCUACAUCUGCCACCCACUGCGACGCCGGCAACCACACAAUCGAGGAGGAUACGUCCGCCAGGAGAACCCCGUCGUCGUCGGUCACCGCCGACAUUGAAGUGAGCAUGGUGGAGGGGCAUGCCAGUGUCAAGGUUCAGGCGCCGCGGCGGCCAAGGCAGCUGCUGAGGCUGGCGGCCGGCCUCCAGCAGCUCGGGCUCACGAUCUUGCAUCUCAACGUCAGCACGGCCGGCGCCAUGGUCAUGUACUCCUUAAGUCUCAAGGUGGAGGAUGAAUGCAAGCUCAGCUCUGUGGAGGAGAUUGCAGCUGCAGUGCAUGAGAUUCUGGGGAGGGUACAGGAGGAGGCAGGCUUUAGUUGAUACCAAAACUGUCUUAUGAAUUUGUACUGCUUGCCUCAUUGUCUGCUCAAUAGUCACUUGUGUCCUUGGAUUCUUGCAUGCGCAAGAGUUGUGUUCGAUGGCCAAGAAAAUAUAAAUAUU